GGAAGACGAGGUAGUUCCUUUCCCCUGAAUGUAGUAGCGCCAUUUCGACGUCCCGGGGCAGAGCGAUAAUUUCGCCUUCCACAGCACAAAGACAUAUAGUAAAGACUUGAGUCACCGAGUUUUAAGAGUAAGACUUGACAAAACCAUAACAAUGCCUACUCCAAACCCGGAACUUGCCGCCAAACUGCAACGGCGCAACCAAGCGCAGCAAGUAUGGGAAUCCCAGCCCCGCGUCUCUGCUGCGGAUGCGGUUUUCUCCUUCCAGCGCAAUUCCGACGAAAUCCGGGUGGCCCAGCAGGUCGGGCGGACCACCAGUAACGCUCCGUUAUUACAGGAGGAGAUCAACCGGCGGAGGAUUUCGUCAAGCGCAACAAGUCUCCAGCGGGAGCAGCUGUUGCCGGGGUCGGCAAAAAGCUUGUCAGGGACACCGGGGCUGCAGUUUGGGAACGAUUUGCAGCAAGACGAUGAAAAUGAUCCGACGUCAAGCAAUCUCCUUUUCUCCGCCUGCAUGCAAAGUGAAAAUACAGAACGCGGCCAUGCGCAAGGGAGUCCGCAUCAGAUGAACAUCCAUCGUUCUCCAGCAGGAGCGCAAGGACAUCUACGACAACAAUCCGCGUCUUCCUCUUCCACGAGGGCGUCGACGAAAGAGCAGGAGCGGGGUAGCAGCUACUACGAUCACCCGAGCAGCGGAUCGUCCACACUGGGUAUCAAAUGCAAAAAUGUCUGGGUCUGGAAGGAUGCAACCUGUGAUGCUAAUUUUGGAUUCUACAAAAAUCUGUAUUGCAUGACCAGCAAGAGGGGUCCAGUUUCUGCUACGCGGGGAUGCCAUUUGUCAUGCGGAAUAGGCAUCAAGAAGCACUCAGAAAAUCUGUGAUGCCAGGGAAUACAUCACAGACGUCACGGGCCGUGUAAAAUCUGCAUGACAAGUUCGCACUCUUCCAGACCCAGACACUUUUACACUUGAUACUGGGAGCUCCUGCACAGCAACUCCUGCGUUUACCAGUUGUGUCGUCCCAGCAGGUUGCGCCAAACGAAAUAAAUCGCAACGCCACCUCCACUACUAGCUCGACAGACAAGUCAUUUCUCGAGCGGGUUUCGGGCGGGUUUGGGAGUUUUUUCUUUGGUACAGGAGGAGAGGGAGGCUCUGCUUCUUCAGGCGGAAAUGGGACGGACCGGUUUCCAGCAGGGAACGCGGGCACUGGUGGGCAACACAUUUCAACACAGCAGGAGCUGCAGGUGCAUCUACAUAGUCACUAUCUUUGGUUGUACUCUGCGGCUACUACAGCGAGUAACUUUUUUCAUCCUGCUUUUCCCAUACUCAAAAUCAAAAUCGAACUAUAUGAAAAGUCAUACGUGCCAAGUACAUGAAGAUUAUCAGCCAUAUUUUAUUGAAAAUCAGCCAACGACGCCGCACCAACUCCGCGGGCCCAAUCCGCACGAUCAAACCGUUUUUCCGGAAGAAUACCAAUCACAAUCUGACGCAACUCCACCCGUCUGGCGCCCGACGAGCCAGAACAGACCGAGCUCGAAGCCCAAGCCCGCCUAUUUCGUGCAGGCUGCGACGAGUACUCGCGAGAAGAAAUUGGACAUCGACCAAGAUGAUAUCUACGAAAAGUACCACAACGGUGAGAAAAACCGGAGUUGCAUGAACCGCGUGGAAGCGUGCGACGUCCAGUUUUUUCUUUGUCCUCCGACCGCACACGGCGCGAGUACGCAAGAUGAGCUAGUGUGGACGAAGUGAGAAUAGGAUUGGUAGAGGUUUUAUGCACUACAAAUUUCCUGUACAUGUACAGAAUGCAUCACAAAUGUCACCUGCUUGGAGCAUGCCACUUGUCAUGCUAGAUAGACUUGAAGGAAAGUUUUGUCAUGCAGAUUCGCAUUUGUACAUGUGCAGGAAAUUUACUGUGGAUAGGUUUUCCACUACCUGGUCGUUUGGAAAAUGAUGAUCAUCGUCGUCCUACUAUCCACCUCCACAACCACAAAAAUGUAAAUGAAAUGUAGCUACGUGUAUUUAGCCUGUUGACCCUUAUUUCAGCUUCCACCUAAAGACGAACCGAUUUUCCAACAUGUACGAAAUCUUGUAUUGCGUAAUACGCAAAUCUUCAAUGCCACCGCACAGCGCGUCAGCGUCUAUGUUCCAGCUACUUACUACCCAAUACAAAACCUCCUGCACUAGCUCUAGCAUGACCCGACCGGAAAGCGCCGAUGUUGUCGUAUGCAUGAGUCAUUGAGACCCUCCUAGCUUUGUACGUUGACCGUUCCCACCCUCCGCUAGAUUGUGUGCAACUAAACGCAAGUACUAACAGCAUAUCGCUUCCAUGGUCAGUGGUUCACCUCGAGACGCAAACUACAAAAGCUCCCGAUCGAGAAGUGUAGAAAAGACAACUCAGCCAUGUCGCGCCGCUGCUGCCAAGACCUGCAUAAAAUUGCAUGACGCUCCAAGCUCCUUCAUCGCGGAGUACUGUCGCAUCUGCGGUGGACGGUCUAUGAUAGAUCAAUGCUCAAUGUCUUUUAUGUUGUCGUCCACGACCCCAGGACGAGUUAGAAG